GAUAGCAGUUACAAUGUUGAUCCUGAUGAUGGAAAAAGCACAACAGGACAUGUGUUCUACCUUGGGGAAAGUCCGAUAUCUUGGUGCUCACAGAAGCAGGAAACCGUUGCUCUAUCCUCGUGUGAAGCGGAAUUCAUGGCGGGAACCGAAGCUUCACGACAGGCCUUAUGGCUACAAGACUUGCUUGGAGAAAUCAUGGGAUAACCAUGUGAGAAGGUUGUAAUUAAGAUUGACAACAGUUCUGCUAUUGCUCUCACUAAAAACCCAGUAUUUCAUGGCCGGAGCAAGCACAUACACACUAGGUAUCAUUUCAUAAGAGAGUGUGUAGAAAAUGGUUUUAUAGAAGUGGAACAUGUACCAGGGAGUGAGCAAAAGGCUGAUAUACUCACUAAGGCUCUAGGAAGGAUCAAGUUCAAGGAAAUAAGGGACCUUGUUGGAGUUCAUGAUUUGUCGGAGAUUGAUUUCAAGCUAAAGGGGGAGAUUGUUGGACUAAGCUUGAAGAAGAAGCAAGCGGCUUAAUGGAAAAGGAGAAACUCUAAUCCAAUUAGGAAUAGUUUUAUUUAGGAGAUAUCUAAAUAAGUUAGUUUAACUAUUUUGGAUUAGGAAAGUGUGUUCUAGCUCUCUAUAUAUAAAGAGUUGCCAAAGUGUGGUAAACCAUAAGAGAUUGAGAGUUUUAGGUUUUUGAGAGAGUUUUCCUAAAGUUAAUAAAAGAGAGAUAUUCUUUAUAUAAGUUUUUUGUUCUUGUUCUUGAAUUCUAGAAACUCAUUGUCUAUAUUACUCAUAGAUCUAUUUCUUAAUGAUGUAUCACGGUAGAUGAAUCCAAAUGGAUCACAAGGUUCCGGUGGAUCUGCUGGUCCAGGUCGUGGGUGAAGGUGGUCUGCGUGGCGGUGGUGGUGGUCCCCGUGCUGAUGGACGUGGUGGCAGAGGUGAUGGUCGUGGUGCAGGACGUGGUGUUGCUAUUGGUCCUGGUCAUAUUGGUGGCAGAGGUGAAGGUCGUAGUGAAGGUGCUGUUGGUGCUUUUGCUAUGGGCUUUGGUGGUGGACGUGGUGGUGGCAGAGGUGAAGGUCGUGGUGGUGGCAGAGGUGAAGGUCGUGGUGAUGGUUGGACUUACGGCAGAGGUGAACGCGGUGGAGGGAGAAUUCACGGACAGGGCAGAGAGGUGGACAUGGCGGAAGGGGAAUAAACAAUCAGCAACUUGAUGCGUUACUAGCACAAGAAUCCAGGAGCUUCGAGAGUUAAUUGUAACUAUACACUGACCAUGAGUUUAUUAUGUUUGAUGAAGGAUACAUAGUUCCAGUUGUAUUGUGAUUGUAACUGAUAUGUGUUUUAUAGCGACAAAAGGAAGGGAUUGAGUCUUCCUUGCUUCACAUUCUCAGAGAGACUCACCGCAAAGCUGAUGACACUUUUGUGGAUGAAAAGGCGAGGUCGAUCGAAGAAGAGAUUCAAAGACAGAUUGAUUCAAUCUCUCAAACAUCGGGUGACGCCUCACAAGGAGAUUCAGAUUGCACAGGUUUGACUCGGCUUGAGGAGGAUGAGCUGUUCUAUAAGGUGGUACCAUCUCAGAAUGGGAGGAUCUUCGGUCUCGGGGGAUGAGUCUCAUGAGGAAGAAGACGAUGACGAUAAAGAGCUUGUAGGUAAUGCCCUCUUUGGAUAAACUUCUUUUCUCAGCUUUCUUAACAAUCUUUUUACGGCUGUGAUAAACUCUGAUCUGUAGUCUUUUGGAUUAAAACUCUGCUCUGUUCUAUUGUUUAAAACUCUAUUCUGUAAUCUUUUGUCUGUUGUAUGCUUAUAAAACUCUAUGUACCUUUUUUUUUGGGGUCAAACUCUUUCUAUCUAUCGUGUACUUUCGUUUCCAUGUAUAUUUUCAGAUAACCUUGCAUCA